AAUGUUUCUGGCUUGACAACAAUGACCACCACCACAUAUUUAUUAUGUAUUUUUGUUGGCUCUUUAUCAGUUUUUAUAAUGUGUGGAAAUCUUCUUUUAAUAAGCUCCAUCAUUUACUUCAAACAGCUCCGCACUCCUACAAACUUCCUCAUCCUCUCUCUGGCUGUGGCUGACCUGCUUGUUGGGGUUUUUGUCUUGCCUUUCAGCACAAUGCUGUCUGUAAGCUCAUGUUGGUAUCUUCAGGAUGUACUGUGUAAGGUACGAAGCAGCUUUGACAUCUUUCUUUGUACAGCUUCUAUUUUUAACCUGUGCUUUAUUUCUGUUGACAGAUAUUACGCUGUGUGUCAGCCUCUGAGGUACAGAGCUAAAAUAAAUGUCUGUGUUAUCAUGAUCAUGAUCCUCUUGAGCUGGACUGUCCCUGCGCUAAAUGGAAUUGUCAUCACAAUUUUAGGAGUGAACCAAGAACAAUCUAACAGGACGUGUGUCUUAUUUCAACAUAUACGUUUCGCAAUGAUAGGAAUUGGUUUGGGAUUUUAUCUCCCGGCUAUCGUAAUGUCCACCAUCUAUCUAAAGAUUUUGAUUGUGGCACGGAGACAGGUAUCCAGCAUCCAGAACACAACCCAUCAGAGCACAAAGUCUGGAGCAGCUGUCAGUAAGAUGGAGAGAAAGGCCACCAAAACUCUGGCUGUUGUUAUGGGAGUUUUUCUCAUCUGUUGGACUCCCUUCUUUCUUUGUAUGACCUUUAACCCUUUGACUAAUUACACAAUACCAGUUCCUGUGAUUGCAGCAUUUAAGUGGCUCGGAUGGUCAAACUCAAUGCUCAAUCCAUUGGUCUAUGCUUUCUUUUACAGCAGGUUUCGAUCGGCUUUCAGAAUGAUAAUUUCUGGGAAAAUAUUUCAAGUUGCAGACGCUGCUGUUUUUGCUGCAGAUGGCAUUAAGAAAUAG